CCGGGCUCCAUCCCCGUCACCGACUGCCUGUUCUGCUGCCGUCACUCCAAGUCUCUCAUGAAGAACGUCGCCCACAUGACCAAAGUCCACAGCUUCUUCAUCCCCGAUGUGGAGUUCCUCGUCGACCUCAAGGGCCUCGUCCGCUACCUCGGAGAGAAAGUCGGUGCUGGAAACGUGUGUUUGUGGUGUAACGAGAAGGGCCGCUCGUUCUACUCGACAGAGGCGGUACAGAGUCACAUGACGGACAAAAGCCAUUGUAAACUCUUCACAGACGGCGACGCUGCUCUGGAGUUUGCAGACUUCUACGACUUCAGGAGCAGCUACCCAGACAGGAAGGAGGGAGAGGAAGCUGAAAUGGACGAAGACGAGCUGCCUGAUGACAAAAACAUGGAGUACGACGACGAAACGCUGGAGCUGACUCUCCCUUCAGGCGCUAAGAUCGGCCACCGCUCCCUCAUGAGGUACUACAAACAGCGGUUUGGCGCUCAGAGGACGGUGGCGCUGAGCCACAAUAAGAACGCAGUCGGCAGAGUCCUGCGGCAGUACAGAGCUCUGGGCUGGGGAGGAGACAGAGGUAAGAUUCACACACACAACAUGAAAAAACUGUGUUUUUAUAGAGAGAAACAGGUAAGAGCAGAUCUGUACCGGCCUGAAACCUGAAUGUCUCUUUUCUCUUUGCUCUCAGCUGUCUCGCUUUGCCGGCGUUUAAUUUUGUGUUUUACUCAGUUGUGCAGCACCUCUUCACUUUACA